UUUUACGCGAUGACUUCAGACAGAACCCACUGGAUGUCAUGGUGGCAGUGGGUGAGCCCGCAGUGCUGGAGUGCCAACCGCCCCGUGGGCACCCUGAACCCACGAUCUCCUGGAGGAAAGAUGGUGCAAACUUAGAUGACAGGGAUGAACGCAUCACAAUUCGCAGUGGCAAACUGAUGAUCACCAACACCAGGAAGAGCGACGCAGGGAAAUACAUCUGCGUUGGAACGAACAUGGUGGGAGAGAGGGAGAGCGAGAUCGCUGAACUCACUGUGCUAGAGCGCCCGACCUUCGUGAAGCGGCCCAGCAGUGUUGUGGUGUUGGCAGACGAGAGCGUGGAGUUUCACUGUGUGGUUCAAGGAGACCCUGUUCCCACUGUCCGCUGGAGGAAAGAUGAUUCUGACCUGCCUAAGGGCCGAUUUGAAAUCCUAGAGGACCAUACCUUGAUUGUUCGCCAAGUGACCUCUUCAGAUGAGGGCUCCUAUACAUGUGUGGUGGAGAACAUGGUUGGAAAGUCUGAAGCAUCCGCCACGCUCACUGUACACGUCAAUACUGUGCCCCCAGCAUUUGCCAUACGCCCCAGGAACCAGGUGGUGACUGUGGGCAGGACGGUCACCUUCCAGUGUGAGGCCACUGGCAACCCACAGCCUGCUAUCUUCUGGCAGAAGGAGGGAAGUGAGAGUCUCCUCUUCUCUUACCAGCCUCCACAGCCCUUUAGCCGUCUUUCUGUCUCCCAGAUGGGCAGUUUGACCAUUACCGAUGUUCAGCGCUCUGAUGGCGGCUUCUACAGCUGCCAGGCUCUCAACAUCGCUGGCAGUGUUAUUACCAAAGCACUGCUGGAGGUCACAGACUCUGGGUCAGACCACCCUCCUCCUGUGAUUAGGCAGGGUCCACUCAAUCAGACUGUGCCUGUGGACAGCACAGUGGUCCUGGGUUGCCAAACAUCUGGCUCACCACCUCCUACAGUCCACUGGAAGAGGGACGGUGUGGUAGUGUCUCCAGUGGACUCCCGCAUGUCCAUAGCAGACGCAGGGUCACUGGAGAUUCGCUACGCUAAGCUUGGAGAUACAGGCUUCUACACCUGUGUAGCUUCUAGCUCCAAUGGAGAGGCUUCCUGGACAGCAUACUUACAGGUGGAGGAGUUUGGAGUUGUUGUUCAGUCCAGUCACCCUAUAGACCCUAACCUGAUUCCCAGUGCUCCAUCUAAACCUGAGGUGACUGACAUCAGCCGUACCUCUCUCACUCUGUCGUGGAAAUCCAACCCCAAUGCUGGUGCAACACCUACAUCUUACCUCAUCGAGGCAUUCAGUUAUACAUUAGGCAGCAGAUGGGUGACCUUAGCAGAGCAUAUAAAAACACAGACCUUUGUCCUGAGGAACCUGAAGCCUGCUACUGUCUACCUGUUUAUGGUCCGAGCGGUGAAUGCUUAUGGCCUCAGCGACCCCAGUCCAAUCUCUGACUCUGUUAGAACACAGGACAGCACUUCCACCAUGCAGGGAGUGGAUCACCGCCACAUCCAGAGGGAGCUGGGAGAUGUGGUUAUUCACCUGCACACACCAACCGUCCUUUCGUCUUCUGCUGUCAGGGUGCAGUGGAUGGUCGAGCAGCAGUCCCCAUACAUCCAGGGUUACAAGGUGCUUUACAGGGCAUCCGCUGAGCACGGCAAGCCGGAGGGGCAGUGGAAUGUCCUGGAGGUACGUGCCCCACGGGAGGAUGGAGUGGUGAUCGGUCAGCUGAAGAGAGGAUCCAUCUACGAGUUCAAAGUGCGCCCCUUCUUUGAUGAGUUCCAGGGAGCUGACAGCGAGGUGAAGGUAGUCAGGACACUGGAAGAAGCCCCAAGCAGAGCACCCCAGGGCGUUACAGUGACAAAGAGUGAUGCCAAUGGGACUGCCAUCCUCGUUGCUUGGAAACCUCCUCCGGAGCAGGAAGAGGCUGGAGUCAUUCAGGAGUACAAGAUCUGGUGCCUGGGUAACGAGAGUCGGUACCAUGUAAACCAGUCAGUCGACGGCUCCACCUUCUCUGUGCUCAUUCCCAGUCUGGCACCAGGAAUUCGAUACAGCGUAGAGGUUGCAGCCAGCAACGGCGCCGGACCUGGGGUCAAAAGUGACGUCACUUUCUUUCAAUUGGACUCCGCAGGCCAGAUGAUGGAUAUCAGCGAGGAAAGGGACACUUUGUCUCAGAUCUCAGAUGUGGUGAGGCAGCCGGCAUUUAUUGCGGGCAUUGGCGCCACCUGCUGGUUGGUCCUCAUGAUUUUCAGUGUGUGGCUCUACCGGCACCGCAAGAAGAGAAGUGGCCUCAGCAGCACAUACACUGGCAUCCGCAAGGGUGUUCCCGCGUCAUCUCACACGCUUACACCUACAGUCGCAUAUCAAAGAGGAGAAUCUGUGUGCAGUGCUGGCAGACCUGGCCUUCUCAGCAUGGGCGAGCCUCUAAACCAGCUGUGGCUGCCAGACAAUUGGCCAAAUGCAUGUGCCAAUCACAAGGACUGUAGCAUCAACUGCUGCAAUAACGGCAAUGGCACCAGCGACAGUAACAUGACAACAUACAGCCGACCAGCUGACUGCAUAGCCAACUAUGGGAACCAUCCAGAAAACAAACAGGGGGGACAGCUUGGUUCAGAGACGGCCAUUUACAGCGAUGUGAACCUCUCCAACAAACUCAAUGAGAUUAAAACGUUCACCAACUCCAACUUGUGCUAUGCGAGUCCAGGCGGAGAUUCAGCAGCCACAUAUGAACCCAUCCCAUAUGCCACCACACAGCUCAUUCAGGCCAGCAUUAAGAAUAAGGCAGCCACUGGUGGCGCUAUAGCAGAGCCUCUGGACGUGCCGUGCUGGAAACAGCCCCCCAACUUGCCUCCAAUACCAAAGGAGAUGGCAGCACAGAUGCAGUACAACAUAAUUGAGCAAAACAUGCUAAAUAAAGAUCAUCUGCAAGGAAGUGAAGGAAUGAUCCAUCCUAAAACUAUCCCCUACAACCAGAUGCGUGAUCACAGUACAGGAGGCUCACACCACAGCUCAGACAGAGGCAGCAACAGCACCUCAGGGAGUCAAAAUCAAAGGAAGGGAACGCGGGCCCCAAAGAUCCCGAAACAUAAUGCAGUAACCUGGGGAGAAGGCCAGUCUACUCCGCAUGCUAAUGCCUGGGACUGUGAUGAGUAUAGCCUACCCAUGGAAAGGAGUUUUGAUCCAGAGGGGAGAAUAGAAGGCUGCCCUACUCCACCAGUUAGAGGGGCACCAUCAUCCACUGAAGUGUCCUAUAGUCACCCGCCUAUCACGCCACCAAAGGGAGACCUGAGCAAUGGCCUGCACGAUGGAACCGAGCACCUCAGCCAGCACAUCACGAGCCACCCUCGCCCUCUUUCCCCAACACACACCUACAGCUCCAUACCCCUCUGCGUGGACACUGACGGGCAGGAAGAGGAUGAGGAGGAGGCAGAGGAGGAGACAGACGCCGAGCUCGCUGAAAGUCACUACAGCCAGCACCACAACCGGCAGAAGCACAAACACCAGCUGCAGCAGCCCUCUCCCCACAAGCUGCUCCUCCAUGGGCUGGAGCAGACCCCAGCCUCCAGCACCGGGGAUCUGGACAGAUCAGUCACGGGGUCCAUGGUUAACAGCUGGGGCUCAGCAUCUGAGGACAACAUCUCAUCAGGCAGGUCCAGUGUUGUCAGCACCUCAGAGGGAUCCUUCUUUACAGACGGCGAUUUCAACCAGGCAGUGGCUUCAUCGCGGGAUAUUGUAGGCCUGCGCAUGUGCAGAUACCCAGAGGAGUCAGGCCGGCGACACCAGCGACCCAGCAGUCCCAUGUCUACAGACAGCAACAUGAGUCCUGCAAUAACACAUAAAAGGCCCAGGAGGCAUAAACAGAACCAGUCUGGUCAACAGGACUACCAACCCAAAGAUGUCUUCAAUGAUGACUCUUGCAUGCCUCUUAGUUUCUCCAGCCAGAUGUCCCACGGUGACUAUAAAGUGAGGGGUGCCACCCUGCCUCGGAUGGGCUCCGGGGAGGCCCGGGGUCGACGAGGUAGCACUGGGACUCAUAGAGUGAAGGAGGCUGCAUGUGAGCAGAGAGAGAGCCAGGACAAGCACAAGAUCCAACAAGGAGGAAAGGGAAGCAGCAAAAGCCGACAGCACUCAGAAUUUGGGGACAUCUUUCUGUACAGUCGUCCCUCUUUCCCAUCAGGUCAAGCUCAAAGGGACCCCGAUGGUACUAAUUCAUCCAGCUUUAUGUCAUGUGGAGACUCAAGGACCAAACAGAGAGGACAGGUAGCACCGACCGGACAGGUGGAAGAGUUCCUGAAAAGCUAAGAAGCAACGUGAGCACAAAAGGAAUUUCCUGCAGUUGCUUCAGACGAAGGACUAUGACCUUUACGAUAUGGAAAAAGACUGCACAAUACAUGCUAUUGUUUUCUACUUCAAAUUUCUCAUUAGGUGUUGGAAAAAAGAAAAAAAAAGUGCUUUCAUGUUUAAGUCUAUUGACUUCAAUUUGAUGCACUGUUUAUUGUUUGCUUUUUGGGUGGCCAGCUUCCCAGAGCCUGAACCGCUGGUUGUUCAGCAAACUAAGAUGAAUGCACAUUUGAUGGCGAUUGUGAGUGUCUACACAAAUAUUGUCCAUGACUGCUUGAUGCGGUCCAUACAUGAUCUUUGCUUGUCAGUUGUCUUGUUAUUUUACUGUAAUUGUUAUUCAGUCAUUACCAGCCAUCUUGUAAAUUCUUGAAAUUGUUUACUGCCACAGAAGUGCUUCAAAUUCAAAUUUUAUAUAACAGUGUUAAUGUUUUAUAAGUGAUGUACAUCUUGUCUUUGUAUUAUUUGUUCUACUUUGGUUAUAAAAGCACAAUCAAUUAAUUUUAUUCUAAGUCAUUAUUAUAUGAAUUUCAGCCUGGAGGAAAUCAGUCUUUGGAGUCUUAUUAAUCAUUUUGUCAGUUCACUUUAGGCUGAGAAAUGAUCUUGAUUGUGAUUGUGCAUUCUGUUGCGUACAAUUGAGCUGCUUUCAUUCAGAUUUAAACUAUCUGUUGUGUGUACUGAGAGACUUGCAUGCAGAUUCACCUUUAGGAGGUUUUACUUAACAUCUUGACCGCUUUGUCCUCCCUUUGGGAUGAUGAACAAUCUGGACAUGGACUGGUUCCAUUUAUUGUUUUCUACACUGAGUCCAUUUCAUUUAGUCCUGUGUUCCCUUGACCUUGGCCAUAACUUCUGGAGUGGGGCUGGACAAUGCACUUAAUUUAUCAAAUUACUGAUUAUGAAUCUCUUACAGACCUGAAUUCACUCAUACAGUAAUUUCCAACAAAUGAAACUGUCAGAAUACCAUACAAUUGAAGAAUAGCUAGAACAAGCAUAUGACCAGAAGUCCAGCCAUCUGCCCACUGUCCACAGGUCCAAAACCUUACACUGGACAAAUAUUAUGAAGCCAGUAAAAAAGUUAAUAUUAUUGGGCACUAAUGUAUUAAGAAAAAAAAAUAUAUUGUUUAUUUAUAGUUAUAAAGUUACAUUUACAUUGUGCUAUAGAGUUUGGUCAUAUUGUCCAGCCCUAUUCUGUAAGUUAUAUAUGGAACUAAUAUGUCACUUUAACUGCUCUGUUUGAAUAAAUAUUGCUGUUCCUUAAGCAACAACAGAUAAUCUUUUAACUCAUUCUUUUACCCUAAUUCUAUAUUGCCUAUCCUCUUUGCACUUUCAAAUGAAAUACUGAUUUCAACCAUGAAUAAUCAAAACAGCAAAAACCUAGAUGGCUGAAAAUCCUCAAAGAUGUAAAGAGCAGUGAAUGGUGAUUCUUCCCCUCAUUUCACUCGUGUGUUGGUUUGUCAA